AUGCCGGACCGCAACGCGGCGCCGCUGGGUCGCGGGAGAGGCGCGGGAGGAGGAGCGGGGGGAGGGGAGGAGGAGGAGGAAGAAGAGGAGGAGGAUACGGGGAAGGAGAAAAAGGAGGUUAAGUACGACGAGCAUCAGAAAUUCGACGAAUUCGAAGGAAACGAUAUGGGGCUGUUCGCGACUGGGGAGUAUGACGAGGAUGAUAAAGACGCGGACGCGGUUUGGGACAGCGUCGACGAUCGCAUGGACGAUCGGCGGCGCGACCGGCGCGAGGCGCGGCUGAAGGAGGAGAUCGAGAAGUACCGCGCUUCGAACCCGAAAAUCACGGAGCAAUUUGCGGAUCUGAAGCGCGGUUUGGGCCAGAUGUCUACCACGGAUUGGGACAGCAUCCCGGAAAUCGGGGACUAUAGUUUACGAAACAAAAAGAAGCGGUUCGAGAGCUUCGUGCCUGUACCAGAUACGCUUUUAGAGAAGGCGCGGCAGGAGAAGGAACACGUGUCGGCGCUAGAUCCGAAGGGGAAAGGAGCCGUUUUGGGUGGCACUGAAACGCCAUUCGCAUCUCAGACGCCCGUUACAGAUCUGACGGCUGUGGGCGAGGGACGCGGUACAGUGCUGAGUCUCAAACUGGACCGCCUUUCUGACAGUGUAACGGGACAGACUGUAGUGGAUCCAAAGGGGUACUUAACGGAUCUUAAAUCCAUGCGAAUUACUUCCGAUGCAGAGAUCUCGGAUAUUAAAAAGGCGCGCCUCCUCUUAAAGUCGGUAAUCCAGACGAAUCCGAAGCACGCGCCCGGGUGGAUCGCAGCGGCGCGGCUGGAGGAGCUUGCCGGGAAGCUUCAGGCCGCGAGGGGGUUUAUUCAGAGAGGCUGCCAGGAGUGUCCUAAAAACGAGGAUGUGUGGUUGGAGGCGUGCCGGCUUUCCUCUCCUGACGCGGCGCGAGCCGUGAUCGCGCGGGGGGUGAAGGAGAUCCCUACAUCUGUCAAGCUCUGGAUGCACGCUGCCCGGCUGGAGAAGGAUGACGUGGCAAAAUCCCGCGUUCUAAGGAAGGCUUUAGAGCACGUUCCGGAUUCGGUGCGUCUGUGGAAGGCCGUGGUGGAGCUAGCGAAGGAGGACGACGCGAGGAUUCUUUUGUCUCGGGCAGUUGAAUGCUGCCCGUUGCACGUGGAACUUUGGUUGGCCCUGGCGCGUCUAGAGGUCUACGAAAACGCCAAGAGGGUUCUCAAUAAGGCUAGGGAGGCCCUGCCAACGGAGCCGGCGAUUUGGAUUGCUGCUGCGAAGCUGGAAGAAGCGAAUGAUAAUGAAGGGAUGGUGGGGAAGAUUAUAGAGAGGGCAAUCCGGGGGUUGCAGAGAGAGGGGGUGGUGAUUGAUAGGGAAGCGUGGAUGAGGGAGGCUGAAGCAGCGGAGAGGGCAGGAUCGGUCGCCACGUGUCGCGCUAUCAUUCGCUCGACGGUCGGUAUGGGGGUGGAGGAGGAGGAUCGGAAACGAACCUGGGUGGCCGACGCGGAGGAGUGCAUCAAAAGAGGUUCGGUGGAGACGGCUCGGGCGAUUUUCGCGCAUGUGCUGACCGUUUUUCCGGGCAAGAAGUCGGUGUGGCGGCGGGCAGCCCAGCUGGAAAAAACGCACGGGACUCGCGAGUCAUUGGACGCGCUACUUCGCCGGGCAGUCACGUACUGCCCGCAGGCCGAAGUUUUGUGGCUUAUGGGGGCAAAGGAAAAGUGGCUAGCAGGGGACGUGCCAGGUGCCCGUGCUAUUCUAGAGGAAGCCUAUGCUGCUAUUCCGGAUUCUGAAGAAAUCUGGCUUGCGGCUUUCAAGCUAGAAUUUGAGAACAGAGAGCCGGAGCGGGCUAGGAGGUUGCUUGCAAAGGCGAGGGAGAUGGGAGGGACGGAGAGAGUUUGGAUGAAAAGUGCAAUUCUAGAGAGAGAGGUGGGGGAUGUGGAAGAGGAGAAAUUUUUGUUAGAGUCGGGGUUGAGGCUGUUUCCCGGAUUUCACAAGCUCUGGCUUAUGCUCGGGCAGCUUGAGGCUCGGCAGGGCCGGACCGGGGCUGCCCGGGAAAUUUUCCAGCGCGGGCUGAAAAACUGCCCGGGAAGUAUUUUCCUCUGGCUGUGCGCUGCAAAGCUGGAGGAAGACUUAGAUCGGAAAGUAGACAAGGCCCGGAACUGGUUCGGCCGGGCCGUGACGCUAGCUCCAGAAGUGGGAGACUUCUGGGCGCAGCUGUGGAGGUUCGAGAAGGCACAUGGGAGCGAGGAGCAGAGAGGGGAGGUAGUGAGGAGGUGUGUUGCUGCUGAGCCGAGGUAUGGCGAGGGAUGGACGAGGGUAGUGGCUAAGGCAGCGGAGAAUGCUCAUUCCGAGCGAGGCACUGCUGAAGAAGGUGGUGUUGGCGAUGGAUAG